CAGGUCACUCUCCAACUCGUAUUGGUACAUGUUUGCGGAUUUCUCAGGUAUACCUUUUAAGUGUUAAGUUGCUGUGUCAUGAGUUUAGAGUUCUUUGUAAGAUGUUUCACUGAGUGAUGACCUGCAAUUUCCAAAUGGGUUGGCAAGCUUGUCGUGAUUGAGGGAUAGCUUCUCAUUGGCUCCUGCCAAAGAAAUGGCUACCGUGUCGUCACUGAUUUGCGCUGAAGUAAAGGAGAUGUCAUGAGACUGGAAUUUAGCCAAAAUAACUAAAUAAUUGAUUUUGUGAUUUAAUUAUCAUCCCAGGCCGAGUAUCCACCCAGUGGAUUAGUGUAUUAGUCUCGUGAGACAUUUCGACACACUGACAAAUUCGUAUUUUAAUUCAAUUUACAUGUAUGGAAUAACUAGUGGUGCAACAGUACUGUAUGUAUCUGUAUCUAACCAUACAGGGGUCACGGUUUGGUAUAUAUGUUACAAGAAACUGUUUUUGUAACACAAUGGAAAGCUGUGACUUUGUAAAACAAUAUAACAAUACACUUAAGUGCCAACUUGUCAACGACAAGAACCGAUUUUUAGACGUGAUGCUGAUGUGUGCGUUACGGUGACGCUCACCAUGGUGGCGACGCUCACCAUCAUGGCGGCCAAAGCUGCGCAGGGCGUACUACGGAAGUGAACACCCAAUCAUUUUUUAUAAGUCUAGUGUCCUUUAAACUCUCGUGCUCUGCACUGAGUCAACAAUCUUACUAAAUCACAUAUUAAGUUAAAUCACGCAUGCGCUCAUCUCAUUUUUACAACAAUUUAAAUACAGCCACCCUUUUUUGGAUUAAACGGUGUCACAGAGCGGAUCGUGAAGUUAUUUUAAACCGGAUUCGACUGGCCGAACUGUGUCCUUUGCGGUGGACUCGGUUGUCUCCAUUAACCUUUGUCCUACUAACGCAAGAUCUGUGUUGGUUCAGCGUUUGUUCAACCUAUAGAGCAGCUAGAUUUGUUCAACCUGUUCACCCCACCGCUCCUUUUCUUCAGGACACCAUGUCUUCUCAAGUCCGACUCAGGCUGCUUCCCAGUGCCAGGUGUUUGUUUGACGAGCCCAUCCAGGUGAAGGUGGAUGGCCUGAGGUCCAGGCAGGUGGUCACCAUGAGGGCCAAGGCGACAGACGAGAGAGGAGUGGUCUUCCGAUCCUACGCCAUCUACAGAGCGGAUGUGAGCGGCGCUGUGGACUUGCAGAGGGACCCAGCUCUCUGCGGGAGCUACGUGGGUGUGGAGCCCAUGGGCCUGCUGUGGUCCAUGAAGGCUGACACGCCACAUAAAUACUUCCACUGGAGCCUGGCACUGAAUCCUCACAUGGUCAAGUUCUCUGUGCAUGACGGCGUCGCAGAGGAAGAUGGGGAGGGCGGGGCUCUAGCAGAGGCAAUCAAUGAGAGGUGUCUGAUUGCGGACGGGGUCAGCCGGGUUGUCGUCCAACAGGAGACAUUUCGUGGUGUUUUGUUCACUCCUCCAGGCGAAGGUCCCUUUCCGGGUGUCCUGGAUUUGAGCACUUUUGCAUCUGAGAAGCGAGCCAGUCUGUUGGCCAACAAAGGCUUUAUGGUUCUGACCAUGGCGGUGUUCAACGACAAACCUGCCAACAUCAAACACUUAAACCUGGAUUACUUUAAGGAAGGUGUACAGUUCUUACAACAACAACCCAAGGUAGGCGGUAAAGGAAUCGGUGUGAUAUCGAGAUCCAAAGGAGGAGAUAUCGGUUUGUCGCUGUCGUCUUUUACCUCCGGCGUGGAGGCGGUGGUCUGGAUCAACGGCUGCAGUGCAAACAUUGGCUAUCCUCUCCACUACAAGAACCAACAAGUGCUGUCUGUCUUGGGGUCCAACGUGAGCAAAGUGAUGCCCACCCCAUCUGGCGCCAGCAUUGUCAAGUUUGGCGUGGGUGAUCCCAAAACCGAGGAAAACAAGGGCAGCGUGGUGCCCAUCGAAAAAUCCAAGGCGAAUUUUCUCUUCGUGGCCUCGGAGGACGACCUCAACUGGGACAGCAACGCCUUCAUGGAGGACAUGGUGCAGCGACUGAAGCACGAGGGGAAGAAGAACUUUGAGGCCGUGUGCUACCCGAGAGCCGGACACCUGCUGGAGCCACCCUACGGCCCAUACUGCUAUUCCGGCCUACAUGGGAUUCUCCGAGCACCCGUCUUGUGGGGGGGCGAGCCCAAAGCCCACAUUAAUGCCGAGGUCCACUUGUGGAAGAAGAUUGAAGACUUCUUCAGAACUCGUCUGACCUCUAAAUUAUAGACUAAUUAAAUCUGAUGGGAAGAACGUAGAAGAAAAUCGUGAACCAAUUGUCGAAUAAGUAGGUGUGUCACGACAUACUCAAUUCAUGAGACAAGACGAUACACAAGACGAGAAAAGAUUUUAACAUUACCUUUAAGAAAAGUAAAAAAAAAAUAUAUAUAUAUAUAUAUAUAUAUGACUGUAUUGUAAUUUAGUAAUUUAAUUCUACUACGUUACAUUACAUCACUACUCUUGAGUCUCUACUCUGUGCCGACGGGGACUGUAUGACUGACAGAAGGGCUCACUCCGUUCAUGCCAUUGUUCUAUGGACGUUUGGCACAAAGGUGCUGAAACCAACAGAACUGAAUUGUGAAUCAACAGUCAAAUUAGUAUAUGUAGUAUACUUCAAUGUAUAAAAUUAUGUAUAAAAUUAUAAGAUAUGAGGUCACAAUCCUCGUCAGGAUAAGCAGCAUAGAAACUGGAUUGAUGGAAGACUUUUUGACUCACGACCGCAUUGAGUUAAUUGAGCUAUGUAAUCUACUAUAUGCUUUAUGUCCCUUUUUCAGGCGCACUUUAAAAAUCAAACCACAUAACAUUUUACAGUUGUUGUUUUUUUUUACUGAAUAAGACACCCCAAAUGUAUUUGAAUAAAGGAUGUGUGAUAUACAAUAUGAUCUAUGGGGAAUUAAACAUUACUUAAACCAUCAAAAUGUUGGCUGUGGGUUUAAUGCUUGGUGGGCCAUAGAUUGUCCACCCCUGGUUAAGUAACUAGCAAUGUAGAUGAGCUUGUAAAACCACUACUAGCUUCUAUUUUAUUAAUAGCUUAGUCAGAUGUAUGUGUGUAUUUUAUAAUUAAACAUUAAUUUUACCACUUGACUGUUUAUUUGAGCAGUGUAAAUGUAAUUUCUGAUGGUAAAGUCGAGUCGCAUUUGUAGAUUAUCAAUUUGUCGAUGGCCACAAGAUGGCGACCCCAGCUCCUCGUAGCCAGUUAGCUGUGUGCUAGUCCCUUCAUUACACGUCACCGCCCUCAACGCCUUAAUAGCCGAGUUGGACGGUGGAUUGGAAGCCAGCUCAUUUUCAUAGCCAUCUUGUGUAAAGUCAGUAAAGCAGUUACUCAUGGUCUGGCCACUGUGGGAAGGUGCCAGGUCAUGUUGGAAUAUCAAGUCAGCAUCAAGCAUGAAGCAAAACGCAGGCUGCGCUUCACCUGCGCUUCACCUGCGCCCUGAAUAGACCAGGUCGGAGCUGACGCGCUUUCUCCGCAUCUUUGGCGCACUGUUUUGUCACAAAACUGUCACCCCUCUCUGGCUGCGCCGCUACACUGCGCACAGUGGUGCACUGGACCAAAUUCCACCACCAGGCGCCACCUUGCGGUGCGCCACGAAAGUAGAGCCCUAUGUCUCUCAACUGGGCGAAGAACACCUCGGGAGUCAUUAGGAGGAGCUGGACAAAGUAGCUGGGGGGAGAAGAAGUUUGGGCUUCCUGCGACCCAACCUCGGCUUUGUGUAAGAAGAUGGAUGGAUACCAGGUGGAUGAAUUAUAAUAUUUUUUGAAUUAUAAAAUAUAAAAUAUGAUCACAAACAACGUUGCUAUGGGCUAACUAUAUAUUAUAUAUUAAACAAAGACAGGAUCCUAAUAUAUAUCAGUUAUUAAAUAUUAACUUUUUUACAUUAUUAAUGAUGUAAUGGCUAUGAACUGGAAAUUCGAUUCCCACCAAUGAUGAGCCAUGAUAAUGCACAAUCUGUUUUUUUAGCUGGAAGAAUAAUGAAAAAAAGGACUAAAAGGCCUGUGACAUGUUGAUUCUAUGUAAUUUAGCUGCCUGCGUGGCGCACCCACACCCCCUCUUUUAGAAUUAAAUAUAUUUGUAAA